UAGUGCGCAGGUUUCUUUGAAAAAUUGAUUCAUUCAAUUUGUUUGGCCAGCAUGAAAUCCUUAAAACCGCACGAAUUGUAGAAAAGUUUCAAAUAAUCCAUAUAUUUUGUAUAUACUGUCAAUGUCAACGACUGAAGCUUUGAAAUCGGAAAUCGAAUGGAGACAUUUACGAUGGAUUUGGAGGACGUGGCCAGUAGCCACGGGUUUGGACAGCAUAUGGCCUCGUACAACGUAGAAACUUCGGCCGUGCAUCGCAAGCUCCAGAGUAAGGUCGAGGCUCUGAGAAUCCUGCGCCAGGAACUCGAGCAGUUCCGUGUGGAACGGGAUCAGUACAAGCUCGUGGCCGAGACCCUGCAGCUGCGCUACUCUGCUCUUAAGAGUAACAGUGAGCUUAUGGCCGUGGGCGGGUGCGGAGCCCUCAGCGAGAACUCCAGUCUGGCCGCCCUUCUCCACGAAACCCGAGAGCAGAACCUGAAGCUCAGCACCGAGGUUGAGGCUCUCAGGCAACGACUCAAUGAACUCCAAGGGGACAUGGAACUGCUGCGCGAAACGGAAGCUACCAACAAGACGCGGGUGCAAGCCAUGGCCACCGAGAACGCCGCUCGCAACAAGGAGGAGGUUCAGUGGCGCCGCGAAAGAGCCAACUUUAUCUGCCACCUGGAGGGACUUAAGAAGCGAAACGCCCAGCUGGCCUUCGACUUGAAAGCUGUCAUCGAUGAGAAGGAGGAGCUGAUCACGGAAAGGGAUGCGUACAAGUGCAAGGCGCAUAGGCUGAACCAUGAACUAUUUGUGGCUCUCAGAGCUAAAAAAACACAUCCAAGACUCCUUGACAUCGAUAGCGUUUUGCUGGAGAACAAGUACCUGCACGAACGAGUGAAGAUCCAAGAAAGUGAACUGGAGCUAAGCAAGCAAAGCAUUACCAAGUACAAGACCAUGUUAGAUGCGAAACGCAAAAAGGGGAUUGUUAAGCUUGGCGGGGGCAGCACAAACGAAGAAACUAUACUGAGCCCCAGGCAAGUAAAAUCUAUCCUGGAGAGUGGUAUUGACUUGCCGCAGAAAACUGAAACCAUACAUGAUCUAAAAUCCCUUUGUCUGGCUCUACUAGACAAUCUCAAUGACAAGAACUUGGCUCUGUCGCACCAGAAGAAGACCAACAAAAUUCUGGCUGGCAAGAUGACAGAGCUGGAGCAGCGGUGGCAGCAGUUGCUUUCCGGAAACGAGGAUAAUGACGAUGUCGUUGAAGCGGAAGAGGAUGAGGAUUAUGGCUACGCUCCUUCUCAGCUGCUUCUCAAUGGCUAUUGCGCCGCCAUGGUUGAUGAUGAAGCCGAUGCCAUCAGCAGCCCUCCGUCCAUUGGUGCAGAGAAUGCAGUUGGCGGCACUUUGACUCCUGAAUCCGCCGACCCUGCGAAGCACAAGCUGCACUCCGACGAUGGUAUGUCAUCACUAUCAACGGAGUCCGUGGAUUCAUCUGUUUAUGGAGCCGAUGUGCGACCAAGCUUCUUUCAAAAGUCUUCGUCUGCAACUACGGAUUCGGGGAACGGAGGCUUUGGCAGUCGCUGCAAUGGAACUCCACGCAUCUCCAGCGCCGUGGCCCGAGAACGGAUGGAAGACUUGAAGGAUCUGCCACCACACCUAGCCAACCUGGUGCAAAAGGCCCUACACGAGCUUGACAUGCGAGACUACGAAGCCAUGGUGGCGAUAAGGGCGGAGAAUAUUGCCUCCCUACCUUUAGGACAAAACUAGUUCAAUUCAGGACUCUUAAUGGAACAGAUGGAACCAUAUCGCCGUGUUGAUAAAAUGAUAACCUGUAUAUUCCCACAACAGCGUACAAUAAAUAACUAUGUGUGAGAAAUUAA